AUGGUCACGUCGCUAAAAUAUAAACGACGUGGUUUUAGAGCUGCAUUUUUCAUUGUUAACAUCUUCUCUUCACUCCUAUAUCCACACUGCAUGUCUGGCGCUCAUGAUCAACAACUAAAGAGGAAGGAAUCGGUUAUUGGUUCAGAGCCUCCCGCGUGUGGAAACAAGUGCCUGAAUUGCAAGCCUUGCCUUCCUUAUCUAUUUGACAUUCAUGGUGCUCAUGAUGAUGAUGAUGAUCGUGAACCAUACUAUCCGGUAAAGUGGAUGUGUAGAUGCCAGGAAAAGAUAUUUGGACCUCAAGAAUAGUAUCUAUACAUGCAUUAUGUAUGUAGUAAUUGUGUUGAUUGUCAUGGAUGUUCAUGAAUCCUGAUGAUCCCAUCAAUGAUGGUUCAUCGUUAUCUUUCGAGAUUAAACAAUCUUAUAAUAUGUAAACAUGUCCUCGUCUCGAAUUUUGCAUGUGUGUUCUUUAGAUACACAUCGGUAGAACCAAGUUUUUUAAAAU